CACGUGACGGUUCGGCGGCGCUGGCGGUUGCUGUCAGCUGAUUCCCCGGCUCGGUGGCGGCAGCAGCCGUGGCGAUGGACUUUCUCCUGGGGAACCCGUUCAGCUCUCCGGUGGGACAACGCAUCGAGAAAGCUACCGAUGGCUCCCUGCAGAGCGAGGACUGGGCCCUCAACAUGGAGAUCUGUGACAUCAUCAACGAGACUGAGGAAGGUCCCAAAGAUGCCUUCCGAGCAGUGAAGAAGAGAAUCGCAGGGAAUAAGAACUUCCACGAGGUGAUGCUGGCUCUCACGGUCUUGGAAACCUGUGUCAAGAAUUGUGGGCACCGCUUCCACGUGCUGGUGGCCAGCCAGGACUUCGUGGAGGGCGUGCUGGUGAGGACCAUCCUGCCCAAGAACAACCCCCCCACCAUCGUGCACGACAAAGUGCUCAACCUCAUCCAGUCCUGGGCUGACGCGUUCCGCAGCUCGCCCGAUCUGACAGGCGUGGUCACUGUCUACGAGGACCUGCGGAGGAAGGGCCUGGAGUUCCCGAUGACCGACCUGGACAUGCUGUCACCCAUCCACACGCCCCAGAGGACUGUGUUCAGCUCAGAGACAACAUCGGCACAGAAUUCAGUGGGCACCGAUGCCAGUCAUCAAGGAGACUCCAGUCAGCACGCCGUCCCUCCGCCUGCCCCUGCCGUUCUCCCCAGCGACAUAUCCAUCAUGCCGACCCCCGAGCAGAUCGGGAAGCUGCGCAGCGAGCUGGAGAUGGUGAGUGGGAACGUGCGGGUGAUGUCUGAGAUGCUGACAGAGCUGGUGCCCACCCAGGCGGAGCCUGCAGACCUCGAGCUGCUACAGGAGCUCCACCGGACGUGCCGCGCCAUGCAGCAGCGAGUCCUGGAGCUCAUCCCCCGGAUCGCCAACGAGCAGCUAACAGAGGAGUUGCUCAUCGUCAACGACAAUCUCAACAACGUGUUCCUGCGCCACGAACGGUUUGAACGCUUCCGGACAGGCCAGAGUGCCAAGGUUCCCGGUGAGGCCGAGGGCGCAGCUGACCUGAUCGACAUGGGCCCUGACCCCAAGGCCACGGGCAGCCUCUCCUCCCAGCUGGCGGGAAUGGACCUGGGCUCCAGCAGUGUGAGGGCUGGCCUGCAGUCCCUGGAGGCUUCUGGCCGACUGGAAGACGAAUUUGACAUGUUUGCGCUGACCCGGGGCAGCUCGCUGGCUGACCAACGCAAAGAGGUAAAGUACGAAGCGCCCCAAGCCGCGGACGGCCUGGCUGGUGCCUUGGACGCCCGGCAGCAGAGCACCGGAGCGAUCCCCGUCACCCAGGCCAGCCUCAUGGCGGACAUCGAGCAGUGGCUGUCCACUGAUGUGGGGAACGACUCUGAGGAGAACAAGGGCGUGACCAGUGAAGAAUUUGACAAGUUCCUGGAAGAACGGGCCAAAGCCGCAGAUCGGUUGCCCAACCUCUCCAGCCCCGCAGCUGAGCGCCCCCCAGCGCCCCCUUCUGGUGCUGCCCCUCGAAAGAAGACCCAGAAAAAAGAUGACGACAUGCUGUUCGCCUUAUGAGUGUGGGGUCUGGCACCCUGCAGCCCCGCCCCCCUUCUCCGCUGGGGCCUCUCUCCUUCCUUCGGUGUUCAGGCUGCUUUGGGG